AAGAAGAGGAUGCUGGAGAACUGUUGAUGGCUCUUAAUUAUAUGAUUUCAGAACUUCAAGCCAAUGAAAAAGGCAUUUAUAAUCAGCUAGUGCAUGCAAACAGGAACAAAUCUGAGGCAUGCCAGUUUGUACUUCAAGAACCAAAUAUGAGUAAUGCAACUGAAAGGCAAAUUACCCGCAACCUCACUAUUGAAUUAAAAAAGUUGUGGAAAAAUAAUGAACACACAUCAGAAAAUAUGUCUUUGAUGCUGUCAUGCUUAGAAUAUUUAGUGCGUGACUUUAAGAAUGCAAAACUAUUUAAUAAAUUAAAAGGUGUUUCAGAUAUUGUGCUUCCCAUGCUGAAUAGUUCGCAGCGUGAAUUGCACAAAGAAUCAGCCCACGUCUUAGCUUGGGCUUUGCGAAGUUGCCCAUUUGUGCAAAUAACAGCCUUAGGGAGAGGAGCAAUUCCUAUUCUUUUAAAAAGAGUAUUGAAUGAUACAAACUCUGAUGUUCAGAUCCAUUCUCUUUAUUCUCUGGAAUACCUUACUAAAAGUUUUCCUGAAGCACAGGCAUUGUUUGUUAAAAGUAAUGGGUUUUUAAUUUUCUCUGAGGUAUUUGAAAGAAAUUGGGAGAAUCACAGAAUACUAAUUAAAGUAGUGUCAAUAAUACUCGAUUUGUUAUUAGAACAUAAACAUGCGAUAAAAGCAUAUCAUGAGUUAGAUACAAGGAUUAAAGAAAUAUAUGUAGCGGUUGGCUUGGAAAAACUAUUACAAAACACUGGCUGGUGUCAAAAAAUAUUUAGAGUACUGUUAAAUCAAGUGAAAAUAGGUGAAGAAAAAAAACAGGCAAGCAAGCUUCUGGAAAGUGGAAAUGAUCCGGAAAUUGACAUUCCCUUGGUAGAUAUUUGCUACAGUGUUUUUCGUAUUAAAACAGUAGAGGAGAAAUGGUUUGAUAAUUAAUGUCAAUACUUCAAAGAGGCUAAAAAUAAAUGCUCAAAUUUUAAAAUAGUAUUCAGGGUCUUGAGUGAUUGCAAAUUUCCUGAAUAAUUUUAAUAUGACCUCAUGAAAUUAGAAGAAGUUUCUUUCCAUGUUUAGUCAUUUUCAAACAAAAUUUUCUCAAAAACCGCCUCCCAAAUUUUCCUUAGAAAUGUCUUGAUACAAACUGUUUUUGCUCUUCUAUAAUAUUAUGAAAAUCUCAUAUCAAUGUAACUAUUGACAGACUGGAAAAUUGAGAAAAUGUAAAAACAAUUAGUAUUAAGUAUUUUGGAGGGAAAGGAAAUAUGUCAAUAUGCUUAUCUUUGGAAGUAGUGAAACAAAAGACUAAAAUGUUUUUGAAAAUAUGUUUAUUUAGAACUGUGAUUGGUUGUAGAGAUUGCACCCAUAUCCAUGUUCAAAAUGAUGAAAGCUUAGUGUUUCAGCCUUAAAUGUGUAUGUGUAUAAUGCCUUAUUGAUAAAAUCGAGGAUAUUGUUUUAUUUUAUUAAAAUAAAAAAUGGUGUUAUUCAUGAAUAAUUAAAUAUGAAGAUGUAUGGCAUG